ACUCAUCAAACUCAUUUCCAGUUUCUUGGCUGACGCCGUUUUGUCAGUCUUGGUUUCAAGUGUCAACUUUCAGUCGCCGUCGAAAUGAACUGCUUUGUAUCUCGUCUUGUGAUCCUUCUAUUGAUAGGGGAUAUGGCGCUCGCCAGUGACAUGUACUCGUCUGUAGCCGAAUUAGAGCGACUCUAUCUCAAGGAGCAGCAAGCCGGCCUGAAACUAGAAAGCCUCCUGGAUCUCAUCAAGAAACAAACGACUGCUAUCGAUCAGUAUUUGUCGGAAUUGAGAGAAAUUCGCUCCGCUAAUCUGGACUCGAGGGGAGUCAUCAGUAAUCCAAUCAAUGCUUUCCACAUGAUGAGACGCUUGACAAUCGGCUGGCGAGAAGUCAAAACUACCUUAGAAUUCCACGGCAAUGUUACUGACAUUGUUCAAGAUGUUUUUAAAAUUUCAAAGAGUUUCCCAAAUGACGAGGACCUGUCGGGAGCGGCAUUUUCUUUGGCUCAAUUGCAGGGAGCCUAUCGAUUGAACGUCAGCCAACUAGCAAGCGGUAACGUCCAACUAUCCGAUAGAAUCUCCUUCCCCAGUGUCAGAGGACUGAACGCCCGUGAUUGUCUUUUUAUCGGGAAACAUGCUUUCAAUAAGGGGCUUUACGGCCAGGCCGUUGAUUGGAUUUCCACCGCCGUGGAAGUUGCCCGUUCCGAAAACAAUCGAUCAGCAAGCGUCAGUGAAAUAAAGCCCUUUCUGUCUACUGCCAUUCGAGUGCACGACGACGUUUUAGAAAAAAAAGGUCCUAUUGGAGCCGACUGGAGGACAAAUCCGGAGCCCUUCGAGCGACGAGCCAAGAGUCUCAGCAGAGCUCGUCGAUCUCAAGAACAGCAACAGCAGCAGACACAACGGAUGAGAGAUAUUACUUAUACCCCCUUGGGUGCGGGGCACGGAUUGGCGACCAAUAAGUCGCCCGAAUGGAGCGAAUGGGAAGAGAUGGAAGUCUUUUUCAGGCUUUGUCGAGAAGGAGAAGAAGAAUCUCGGCCAACAGGUCUGAAGGGCAGGUUGAAGUGCCGUCAGAUCAGCCACACUCACCCGUACUUCAUCUUGCGGCCAUUAAAGUUGGAAGAGCAUUCUUUGGUGCCGUAUAUCGCCGUCUUUCACGAUUUCAUGUCCGACGCAGAAACGGAGAUAUUCAAGUCGCUUGCGAUGGCGGAGCGCCUGGAAAGGUCGGCACACGGGAGCAAACGACCAGGACAAGGGGGAGUUACCAGCGAUAAACGCACGUCCAAACAGUCGUGGGUGGAGGAUGGCAGCCAUCAUGUUGUUGAUCAAAUCUCUAAAAGGAUCAGCGACUCUGUCGGUUUGAACAGCCAACCUUCUAAUGUCGGGUCGGAACAUUAUCAAGUGGCCAAUUACGGAAUCGGUGGAAGGUACACACCGCACACCGAUCACGGCGUUUUGUCCAAAUCCAUGGGCGGACCCUCCGAAUUUGAUCUCUUCCGCGGCGAUCGCAUCCUUACUUUCAUGACUUAUCUGGAUGACGUGGAAGCAGGCGGGGCGACCGUUUUCACUCACGCGGGAGUAGUCGUCAGACCCAAAAAAGGAAUGGCCGUCUUCUGGUGGAAUCUCAAGUCGGAUUCGAGCGGUGACACGUUGACUCGACACGGCGGAUGCCCCGUUCUUCACGGCUCCAAAUGGAGUAAGUCUCGAUAAUUCAAUGUCGCUAAAAAUCACAAAGUCACGCCUUUACUAUUUCUCUGUCAUUUCACAAUUGCAAACAAGUGGUUUCACAGUGGCGAGCAAUUUCUCAAACGCCCGUGUGCUAAAAAACCGCGUUCUCGAAUUUCAUAUCCGGGAACAACGUCGUCUUGGCUAUUAAACAAUUAAAGUAGACUGACGUAAAAAAAAAACCAACAAAACAAAACAAAACAAAACAAAAAAAAAAAAACAUUUGUUAAUCUUUUUAAAAAAUUUACUUAAUAUUUUGGUUGUUCAGUAUAUAAAAUCCACUUUACAAUACAAAGGCCUGUAAUGCGGUAAUUUUUCGAAUCCCAAGAGAAAAAAAAAAACAUUAUUUGAACUUUCGCGUCCAAACAC